GCGAGGAACAACUAUCCCUUUAAGAGCAAGUGGGACAUAGCGGUGCGAGGAAAGGAGAGGAGGGGGAGAAGAAAGAGGAAUUAAAAAAGAAAAGGAAGAAAGAGACAGGGAGGGAGGAGGGAGAGCGGGCGAUAAAAAAAGAAAGAUGACAUCCUCGCUGCUGAAGGGCCGAGGUGGAGCAGGAGGCUGCGGCCCGGCGAGAACGCCGCCCUCCGCGGUCACGGCUUGAAUUCUACAUCGAGGCUUCGACUAACACCCGAGUGGCCUAAUGGAAGAAAACGGAAAAAUAGAUCCCUAUAUUAAAAACAAAGCACGAGCUGCGUGUAAUAUAACACAUAUCUGCUUUUUGGCGUAAAAUAGUUUUAUUUAAUGUACAAUGUUUAAUGUUCAAUGCUAGAGUUUAACACUCAACAUUGCGCCGUUUUAGCUUUUCUAUGCAGUUUAGCGGUUUGUGUAUUUGAGUGACGUUACUGAGUAAUUAAAGACAGAAAAGAAAGCAAAGGGGAAGAAUCUGCUACCGGAGCUGGCCUGUGUGUGGUAGCUGCUGCGUACUUUCACGGACACAGCGUUAGGCUACCUCAAUGAGAACUACAGUUCAUUUUAACAUACGAUUUUAUUCAGGCUUUAGACGACAACCAGGAAGCCCUCUUGGCCGAACGGAAUAGUAUCCGCGUCUUGACCGUCGUCGUGCCCGUCAGCACGAUGCAAAGGCGGCUGUCCGAGAGCUCAAUUACAAACUGACUUCAUUAUCUCCAACGCUGUGACGCAAAAUGGAUGCUGCCUGGAGCAAUUUCCUCUUCCAGCAUAAUCCCACCCAAAACCAAGUGGAGGGGAGCCUCCAAUCAGAACUCAUGUCAGUGCAUACGAGUUCUCCCCAAUCCCCACCCACAGAGCACAUAGUACAGCCUCCUUCCACCGUGGACACUGCGGCUCUCAAUGAGGAGCCCAUAACUGUAAAGCAAGAGCCCCGACCAGCCCGCGUGCCCCACAUCUGUGCCAUCUGCAACAAGCAGUUCAAGAACAACUACAACCUACGGCGGCACCAGUCGGUCCACACUGGGGUACGCAUGAAGGACAGGGCCAGAGAGCAGGCGGAAGGGGAGAAGGAGGGAGCUGCCAGCCAGGUUGUCGUGGCAGUGUCGGCCCCAUCAGUAAUGGCGGUGGGGGUUGAAGGGAGUGCAGAGAGGACCACCAUACCCCUCUCCCUGCUACACCUCUCUGCACCUCCCACUCUCACCUCUCCCGGCAUGCUGGUGGGUGCACAGCAGCCCCCCCUGGGUAGUCAGGAUGGUGAAGGGGUCGCCAUUGCAAAUGUAAUGGCUGGUGUUAACCUCCAUGCUCUGCCUCCUGCUGCUGUCGUCAUGGCCACAGGGGCGACAGUACAGCGACCGUCAAAUCCUAACCCCAACCCAGUAAAGAAAAACCAUGCCUGUGAGACAUGUGGGAAGGCUUUCCGGGAUGUCUACCAUCUAAAUCGCCACCGCCUGUCACACUCGGACGAAAAGCCUUUCUCCUGUCCUAUCUGCCAGCAGCGUUUUAAGAGGAAGGAUCGAAUGAGCCACCACGUGCGGUCACACCAGGGCGGUGUGGAAAAACCCUACGUGUGCCCUCACUGCGGCAAAGCCUUCUCCAGGCCGGAUCAUCUCAACAGUCAUGUGCGACAGGUGCACUCCUCAGAGCGACCUUUCAAAUGCCCGACCUGUGAGUCCAGCUUUGCCACCAAGGAUCGUUUGCGCGCGCACAUGAUCCGCCAUGAAGAGAAGGUUCCCUGCCACAUCUGCGGAAAGCUCCUGUCCGCUGCUUACAUCACAGAUCACAUGAGGGUGCACAACCAGUCCCAGCAUCACGCCUGCCACCUCUGCAACCGAAGUAAGACACGAUGCUCCCCGAAAACUGAUCUACUGAUACUGUACAUAGACCUGAUAAAAUUCUUGUACCCUGGUCUGCUCAUGUAUAAACAUUGUAGAUCUAACCCAGAUGGGUCCGUCCAACAUUAGCACAAACCUUUUAACGGAUAAUGUGUUUGGGUGAGCACCAGAGUGGUCGGGUAAUCCUAGUUGCGCUGCAGGAGGCAUCAUAAUCUGAUAGCUCGUCACCAAGUUCUGACCUGUGUUAAUUCAGCACACACAUCAAUAUUCAUAUCCAUCAUCUUUAAAUCACCGUAAUUUCCGGACUAUAAGCCGCUACUUUUCUCACACGCUUUGAACCCUGCGGCAAAAAACAACAAUGCGGCAAAUUUAUGGAUUUUUACGGACUCAAGAAGUUCAUACCGCUAGCGAUCAAUGACUUUUCUGGUAGGCUACUGUGUGUUAUACUAGUAGUGUAUGUCUGUGUGUGCGUAUAUCGGCGUGGGGUGCGUGCGAGUGAGAGAACAGUAGCAAAAGUUGAGAGCAGUUUUUAGCCCUG